AUGGCCCAAGACAAUCGCAUGAGAAGUCCGGAUUCCAUUAUUGAACGAACCACCAUUAUGAAUCCCCUGACGCUGUUGGAGUAUCUUCUUACAUGCUACCCAAUUUUCCUCCUGUUGUUGUUCGUCGCGGUUUGUGUGAUCAAAGUGUUCGUCACGAGCAACAUCGAGCAAAAAGUCUCGCAGAACAAUUGUGGCCGGCUUCCCAGGCGGGCCCAGAACCCGAUGGCUUCCGGUUACAUUCAGCCCUUCUCCCGCAUCGCCAAAAACUGCUUUAGCUGGCUCUCAGCUGGUGUGCUUGUGACAUUCUUUGCGAAUGCGAUGAUUUAUACCACCCAUGUGUUAAUGGCCCGUUCCGAGUAUUGGUGGCGCGGGCAGUCUGUAGUGAUUUAUAUUGUUGGCUCUAUUUUUGCCUAUGCAGUUAUUCUUGUCAGCAUACUCGAUACCGCCCCUUCCCCGACGGCCACUCAGCUCACGUGUUGGUCCUUCGCCAUUCCUACCGAGCUCAUUAUUCUUACCACAUCCCUCUCCAUUUAUACCUCAGACCACUAUGAGCCAGUAGUCGGAGACCCCAACGGAGGUGCGAUGCGCCAAGGGAUCACCUUUUGGGAGUGCAUGGAAGUUGUCCCCAACGGUUUCCGUAUAUUGAUUCUGGUCUCUCUUGUUCUACUCUACUUUACCAAGUCCGGUGCUCUCAUAGGCCAUGAUGGAGACUCAGAGGAUGUGACUGAGACAACCAGACUGCUGAGCCCUCCGCACACAAAGAUUUGUCUUGUUAAUGACUCCGUCUACGGUUCAACAAGUGGAACUGCGAGACCCGCGGAGCCCAAACCACGGAAUUCCUGGGCGCGACCAGAAGUAUUGCCAUCUACGAGCUAUGUGGAGUAUCUCAGUGGCUUCUCGCGUUUUUUUCCCUACAUGUGGCCCUCCGAAUUCCCCCGUCUACAGGCUGUGGCGGUGAUUUGUUUCCUUCUGGUGAUUCUCCAGCGAGUUCUCAAUGUGUGGAUACCCAUCCAGAUUGGGACUAUUACUACAUCUUUGGCAAAUCAACAAGAUGGAAAUGGCUUUCAACCACCGUGGUUUGAGAUCUCCAUGUAUGUUUUUUACCGCUGGUUGCAGGAAAAUUUGGGGUCUUUGCGCUCUGGUCUCUGGAUUCCCAUAAGCCAGUAUUCCUACCUGGGGCUCUCUACGGCUGGCUUCGAGCAUGUUCACAGUCUCAGCUUGGAUUUCCACCUGGAAAAACAGACGGGCGAGCUUUUAUCAGCUCUGAACAAAGGGAAAUCAAUCAAUUCAUUCCUGGAACAAAUAUCAUUUCAAUUCCUUCCUACACUAGCUGAUUUGUUCAUCGCAAUUGGGUACUUCCUAGUUGCGUUUGACGUUUACUAUGCCCUCGUGGUUGGAAUCUCGGCAUUUGUUUAUGUUUAUGUUACCAUUCGCAUCGCUCAGAGGAAUGCGAAGAUCAGAAGAAAGAUGGUUGAUGCUUCGAGAUAUGAGGAUGCGAUCAAAAAUGAUUCGUUGAUGUCAUACGAAACGGUGAAAUACUUCAAUGCUGAACGACAUGAGUUUGACCGAUACCGUCGCGCUAUCUGCAACUACCAGAAUGCGGAGUACUACACAUUCCUCUGUGGGACCCUGUUAAACGCCAGUCAAAACACUGUCUUGUUGGCCUGUUUACUGGUCACGUGCUUCAUCGCUGUGUAUCAAGUCUCUUCUCUCCAGCAACCCUCGUCUUUGAUCAAUGCCGAGCGUAUGUUGGAGCUUUUUAAAGAGCAGCCAACAGUCACUGACAGCCAUUGCGUUUCCCCACUGGCCACUUGCCAGGGAAAGAUUGAGUUCCGGAAUGUUAGUUUCUCAUAUGAUGCGCGGAAUCCUGUGUUGACUGGACUCACGUUCACUUGUCAACCAGGAACGACUACAGCUUUGGUGGGAGAGUCUGGUGGGGGCAAAUCUACUGUUCUCCGUCUCCUCUUCCGAUCCUAUAAUCCUGAAAAUGGCAAAAUUCUCGUCGACGGACAUGACGUCCAAGAUAUCACGAUUGAUUCUCUUCGUCAAAACAUCGGUGUGGUUCCGCAGGAUACAACGCUUUUUAACGAAACUUUGAUGUACAAUCUAAAGUACGCCAACAAGGACGCGAGUGAUGAAGAUGUGCACGAGGCUUGUUCCAAGGCCGGCAUUCAUGACAAGAUCAAAGGUUUUCCAGAUGGCUACAGCACCAAAGUUGGAGAGCGUGGGCUGCGCCUCAGCGGCGGUGAGAAGCAACGUGUGGCAAUCGCUCGAGCUAUCCUGAAGAACCCUAAAAUCAUACUGCUGGAUGAGGCUACGUCUGCACUCGACACUAAAACAGAAGAGCAUAUCCAGAAUUCCCUAGCUACUCUCUCCAACGGCCGAACCACGCUCAUCAUUGCCCAUCGGCUAAGCACCAUCACGUCGGCAGAACUCAUUCUAGUUCUAAGCGAUGGCCAGGUGGCCGAGAGCGGUACCCAUGAGGAACUAGUGAGUAUGGAAGGCCUUUAUGCCCGUAUGUGGAGAAAGCAAAAUGGCGAGGCAAAGAUACUUGAAGGCCAAGACAAGGUGGAGUGCAUUCAAGGGGAUCAGCUUUACAGAAUUUCACAUACAUAA